AUGGAAAGGCGUAUUUCAAUGAUAAGUUCAGAUAUUUUCUCUAAUUUACAAAAUGAAAUUGCUAAUUGUUCUGCAUUAAGUUUAGCGUUAGAUGAAUCUACUGACAUUCAGGAUAAACCACAGUUAGCUAUUUUUGUACGUUAUGUGACGAUGAAUAUGGAAGUGAAAGAAGAAUUAUUAGAUCUUAUAGCUCUUAAAGAAACUACUAGAGGUUGUGAUAUUAAGGAUGCUCUUGACGUAGUACUUCGUAAAGCAGAAGUACCUAUUGCAAAAAUUGUUAGCGUCUCAACUGAUGGUGCACCCAGUAUUACAGGUUGUAAAAAUGGAUUGAUAGGUAUUUUAAAAAGUGAUACUGAUUUCCCAGACUUUAUUCCAAUUCACUGCAUUAUUCAUAGAGAACACCUAACGGCUAAAUAUUUUAAAUAUGAACAUGUGAUGAGUGUUGUUCUUAAAAUUGUGAAUUACAUACGUUCAGGUUCAAAAAUACAUCGCCAAUUUAAAAACUUUGUUGAAAGUUUAGAGGAUGAUAUUCCAAAUGAUGUUCCGUGGUAUUGUUUAGUUCGAUGGUUAUCGGUAAAUAACGUUUUAAUAAAAUUUUUCGAUUUAUUAGAACCUAUUAAAACAUUUUUAAAAGAAAAAGAUAAAAAUUUUCACACAACUUUAAGACCCACAAUGGUUAAGAGAUAUGUCAUUUUGUACUGA